AAUUAUCAAAUUGUGUAUUUUUUUUAUUGUGAUUUGUGAUUUUAACUUUAGUGUUUUCGUGGUGUUUUCUUAUUACUUUUGUUGUCCUUUUUACGGUAAUCUCUUUUAAGAUGUCCUGUCGUAAUGCCUCACAUGCUGGUAGCUGGUACACAGAAAAUGGGUCUGAAUUAUCGAGACAAUUAGAUCUAUGGCUGUCAAAAGCUGAUCUUACUCAUGGACCGGCGCGUGCCAUUAUUGCCCCACAUGCCGGCUACUCGUAUUGCGGCGCCUGCGCAGCAUUCGCUUAUAGACAAAUUAGCCCAGUGGUUGUAAAACGUAUCUUCAUACUGGGUCCUUCGCAUCAUGUCAGACUUGGAGGCUGUGCGCUUUCAUCUCUAGAUAAAUAUGCUACACCGCUGUAUGAUCUCACCAUAGAUAAGCAGAUAUACGCCGAGCUAGAAGCAACAAGACAGUUCCAAAGAAUGGAUGUGACCACUGAUGAAGAUGAGCACUCUAUAGAAAUGCAUUUGCCUUAUAUUGCUAAAGUUAUGGAGGAGUACCAAACCAGUUUUACCAUUAUACCAAUCUUAGUGGGGUCGCUUACUCCAGAGAAAGAGGCGAAAUACGGCUCGAUAUUAGCCCCAUACCUCGCAGAUCCCCAGAACUUGGUGGUUAUAUCCUCGGACUUCUGCCAUUGGGGGUCACGGUUUCGUUACACAUGGCGUGAUAACGCGCGUGGGAAUAUUUAUCAGAGCAUUGAGUGGCUGGAUAAACAGGGUAUGGAUUUAAUAGAGAAAAUGGAUCCAGCAUCAUUCACAGCGUAUCUUAAUAAAUAUGGCAACACUAUUUGUGGGAGACAUCCGAUCGGUGUUUUGUUACAGGCAAUUGCUAAGCUUCAAAGUCAACCCAGUUGCCCAAAAAUGUCCAUGCAAUUUCUCAAAUACGCUCAAUCCUCGCAAUGUAUGACAAUGCAGGAUUCCUCCGUGUCUUACGCGAGUGCUUCCCUAGUAUUUGAGUAACUUAGACUUGUAUUAAACGUAUCUUAAGGACUCCUAGGCAGGGGAGGGGUAAGACGGUCAAUAAAUAUCGCGAUCAAAUAUCAUGUUUCGUAAUAAUGUACGAUAAAAUUUAAACCUGUAUUGCCAUAAUAAAGGCCAAAAUUUAACUUACCUUAAUGCUAAGGUAAGUUUAUUAAAACAAUAAAUUUACGAAAUUAGUUUUACUUUAAUUUUUUAAUAAGCAUAAACACAAAAAUACUUAU